AUGAUGUUUGCACUUCGCCGCGCCGCCCUGCGCAUUGCGCAGCAACCCAGCCGACAGCUGUCAACUAUUCGACCAAUCGCUCGGCCAUCGCAAUUCCAGCCUCAAAUCAUCUCAAGCUGCAGAUCGUUUCAUCAGACCCUAAGAUGGGCCGCCGAGGAGGAGAAGAAGCCUGCGGAGGAAGCCGCAGCCAGCCCAGCGGAAGCACAGGAUCCAACCGAAACCGUCACGACCGAGCCAAGCGCGGCUGAACAGGCAGAAAUCAAGGAAGAGAGCAUUGCCACCCCGGAUGUCGCAGACGCCGCUCAACAGCAAUCCUCGUCCGCCGAGGGUACGAUAUCGGACAUCCUUUCCGAGGGUAAGAGCCGGGCUGAGAGCGCGGUUUCCUCUGCUCGGGACGCUUUCUCGAGUGUGUCGCAGACCGUUCAGCAAGCAACUACUGGCCGUGAUAGGCGUGGGCCUGGAGGUCGCGAGAGAAGGCCCGAGACUCCCCCCAGCAAGGUUUUGUACGUUGGCAAUCUCUUCUUCGAGGUCACCGCGCCUGCCCUCGAGGCUGAAUUCAGCCGCUAUGGAGAAAUUGUGAAUAGUCGCAUCGUCACCGAUCCCCGGGGCAUGAGCAAGGGCUUCGGAUACGUUGAGUUCACUUCGCAGACCGACGCCGACGCUGCGUUGGAUGCGCUCGAUCAGCAAGUGUUUCAAGGCAGACGGAUGGCAGUCCAGUACCACAUGAAGAGAGAUUUCGGCACAACAGGCUCCAGAGACCGACGCGCUCGCGAGCCCGGACCACCUAGCAAGACUUUGUUUAUUGGAAACAUGUCAUACCAAAUGAGCGACCGCGAUCUGAAUGACUUGUUCAAGGAGAUCAAGAACGUUCUUGAUGUCCGCGUCGCCAUCGAUCGCCGAAGCGGUCAGCCUAGGGGCUUUGCACACGCUGACUUCGUCGAUAUUGAGAGCGCCGAACAAGCGAAAGCGCUGCUUGAGCGCAAGGUGGUUUACGGCCGUCAGCUUAACAUAGACUUCAGCGCCGGAUCAGCCCAGGACAGAAGCCCCGGCCAUGAAUAA